UAGUAGCGAGUUUUCACCCAACCACAUCAAUACUAGAAACGGAUUUCAUCGCUUCUUUACUCUAAAUUUUUUGGAACAGACCUGGGAUAAUUACCGAUAAAAUGUCUCGGGGUUCCAUCGAAAUCCCUCUGCGGGACACGGACGAGGUCAUUGAGCUUGACUUCGACCAGUUGCCGGAGGGAGACGAAGUCAUAAGUAUCUUAAAGCAGGAGCACACCCAGCUGCACAUAUGGAUCGCUCUCGCGCUGGAGUACUACAAGCAAGGAAAGACCGAGGACUUUGUGAAGCUGCUGGAGGCGGCUCGUAUCGAUGGGAACCUGGACUACAGGGACCAUGAGAAAGACCAGAUGACCUGCCUGGACACCCUGGCGGCCUACUAUGUGCAGCAGGCCCGCAAGGAAAAGAACAAAGAUGCCAAGAAGGAGCUCAUCACCCAGGCCACCCUGCUUUACACCAUGGCAGACAAGAUCAUCAUGUACGACCAGAACCACCUGCUGGGAAGAGCCUGCUUCUGUCUUUUGGAGGGUGAUAAAAUGGACCAGGCUGAUGCUCAGUUCCACUUUGUCCUCAACCAGUCUACGAAUAACAUCCCCGCUCUGCUGGGUAAGGCCUGCAUCUCGUUUAACAAGAAAGACUACAGGGGAGCUCUGGCCUACUACAAGAAGGCCCUGCGCACCAACCCUGGCUGCCCAGCUGAGGUGAGGCUGGGAAUGGGUCACUGCUUCGUCAAGCUCAACAAGCUGGAGAAGGCUCGCCUGGCCUUCGGCCGUGCCCUGGAGCUCAACUCCAAGUGCGUGGGAGCGCUGGUGGGGCUGGCCGUGCUGGAGCUCAACAACAAGGAGGCCGACUCCAUCAAAAACGGGGUGCAGCUCCUCUCCCGGGCCUACACCAUCGACCCCAGCAACCCCAUGGUGCUCAACCACCUGGCCAACCACUUCUUCUUCAAGAAGGACUACAGUAAAGUGCAACACUUGGCCCUUCAUGCGUUUCACAACACAGAGGUGGAGGCUAUGCAGGCAGAGAGCUGCUACCAGCUGGCCCGCUCCUUCCAUGUGCAGGAGGACUAUGACCAGGCCUUCCAGUAUUACUACCAGGCAACUCAGUUUGCCUCCUCCACCUUUGUGCUGCCCUUCUUCGGCCUGGGGCAGAUGUACGUGUACCGCAGGGACAAGGAGAACGCGGCACAGUGCUUCGAGAAGGUCCUGAAGGCCUACCCCAACAACUACGAGACCAUGAAGAUUCUGGGCUCUCUCUAUGCCACCUCGGACGAUCAAGAGAAGAGGGACAUUGCCAAAGGCCACCUGAAGAAGGUCACAGAGCAGUACCCUGAUGACGUGGAGGCCUGGAUUGAGCUGGCCCAGAUCCUGGAGCAGACAGACAUUCAGGGGGCGCUCUCGGCGUACGGCACAGCCACACGUAUCCUGCAGGAGAAGGUGCAGGCUGAUGUCCCUCCUGAGAUCCUCAAUAACCUGGGGGCCCUGCACUUUAGACUGGGCAACCUGGGGGAGGCCAAGAAAUACUUCCUGGCCUCGCUGGAGCGGGCCAAAGCGGAGGGGGAGCAUGACGAGCACUACUACAACGCCAUCUCUGUCACCACCUCCUACAACCUGGCCCGGCUCUACGAGGCCAUGUGCGAAUUCCACGAGGCCGAGAAGCUCUACAAGAACAUCCUCCGCGAGCAUCCCAACUACGUCGACUGUUACUUGCGUCUUGGAGCGAUGGCUCGUGACAAAGGGAACUUCUAUGAAGCGUCUGAUUGGUUCAAAGAAGCCCUACAGAUCAAUCAGGACCACCCAGACGCAUGGUCCCUGAUAGGAAACCUCCACUUAGCCAAGCAGGAGUGGGGUCCGGGUCAGAAGAAGUUUGAGCGGAUCCUGAAGCAGCCAUCCACACAGAAUGACACCUACUCCAUGCUGGCGCUAGGCAACGUGUGGCUGCAGACCCUCCACCAGCCAACCAGAGACCGGGAAAAGGAAAAGCGUCACCAGGAUCGAGCCCUUGCCAUUUACAAACAGGUGCUGCGUAAUGAUUCCAGGAACCUCUAUGCUGCCAAUGGCAUAGGUGCUGUUCUGGCCCACAAGGGCUAUUUCCGCGAGGCCCGCGACGUCUUCGCCCAAGUGAGGGAGGCCACGGCGGACAUCAGCGACGUGUGGCUGAACCUCGCGCACAUCUACGUGGAGCAGAGGCAGUACAUCAGUGCCGUGCAGAUGUACGAGAACUGCCUGAAGAAGUUCUACAAGCACCAGAACACGGAGGUGCUGCUGUACCUGGCCCGGGCGCUCUUCAAGUGCGGCAAGCUGCAGGAGUGCAAGCAGACGCUGCUGAAGGCGCGCCACGUGGCCCCCAACGACACGGUGCUGAUGUUCAACGUGGCGCUGGUGCUGCAGAGGCUGGCCACGCUGGUGCUGAAGGACGAGAAGAGCAACCUGAAGGCCGUGCUGAGCGCCGUCAAGGAGCUGGAGCUGGCGCACAGGUACUUCAGCUACCUCAGCAAGGCAGGAGACAAGAUGAGAUUUGACCUGGCGCUGGCUGCCACAGAGGCGAGGCAGUGCUCGGACCUGCUGAGCCAGGCGCAGUACCACGUGGCCCGGGCCCGCAAGCAGGACGAGGAGGAGAAGGAGCUGCGGGCAAAGCAGGAGCAGGAGAGGGACUUGCUGCGGCAGCAGAUGCUGAAGGAGCAGGAGGAGAAGAGAAACAAGGAGGUGGAGGAGCAGAAGAAGCUGCUGGAGCAGAGAGCCCAGUACGUGGAGAAGACCAGAAACCUCCUGUCCUUCGCAGAGGGGUUGAAGGAGCCCACAAAGGAGAAGAAGAAAGGAGGUGGAGGCCGGCGCAAGAAAGGGGCUGACUUCGAUGAGUUUGUCAACGACGACUCCGACGAAGAGCUCCCCGUGAAGAAGAAGAAGAAGAGGAGGGCGGGCAGCGGGAGCGAGCCAGAGGAGGAGGGCGAGGAGGGAGAGAAGAGGCCCCGCAAGAAGAGGAGGAGAUCUGUCAAAGGCAACGAAGGCAGCGACGAUGAUGAAGGAAGCUCCAGGCCCAAGAAACAACGCAAGCCCCGAGAGCGCAAGAAGAUCGAGAAGGCCAAGCCUGAGCGCAUGCCACUGUCUCUCAAAGGCAAGAUCAAGUCCAAGGCAAUUAUCUCAUCCUCCGAUUCCUCUUCAGAUGAGGAUGGCCUGAAAAUCGCUGAAGACAGGAACCCCAGGGACAGCGGGUCUGGCUCGGAGGAGGAGGAGGAGGAGGAGUCAGGCCACAGGAAGCGCAUUGCCUCAGACAGCGAGUCGGACGAAGAGCGCGACCGCUCCGGCAGCGAGGGCGGGAGCCCCCGCCGCUCCGCCAACUCUGAUGAGGACGACUCCGGCAGCGACCGCCCAGCGAAGAAACGGAGGAGGCCGCAGUCCGACUCGGAGCAGUCGGACAACGGCAGCAAGAAGAGCCGCUCCGAGGGCUCCGAGGACGAGUCCCAGCCCGCCUCGCCCGCCCCCGACUCCGAAAGGGGCUCGGAGAACGAGGGGUCCCCCCGCCGGUCCGACAACGAGUCCGAGCCCGAGCGCUCCAACCGCGGCUCUGACGACGACAGCGACUGAGCGGGCAGCUGACUUUAUACUCGCCGAAACAAAUCAGAUCCUGCUCGUUUUUUGACGUGAAUUUCAAGAGAAGCUCAGGACACUGGAAGAUUUUCCCGCAAUGUGUUGCAUGUGACCCUUUAAGGAAGGCAAAAAUGCAGCUGUGUAGGACUUGGAGGCAUCAUGUUUUUUUUUUUUUGUUUUCUUUAUAGGUUUUUAUAUGAUAGAUCCCUGUCAGACAGUUCCUGGCCUUUUUCUGUUGCUUCUUUUCGUCCUCCGUUUAUGAGUUGUGGGACUGAGGGUAAAACUGUGUAUAUAGCAAUGCUGUCAUGCAUUAAAGCUGUCCGUCUGCUGGUUUUCAUAUUGUUUUAAUAUCUUUCUGGUUUACUUUUUGGAAGAGCAACAUUAACAGCUCAAUGAAAUAUGAGUAGGCCUAUUACUUGGCUGAGUUG